AUGGGGAAAAACUUCGAAGGCGCAGCACGUGAGUUGAAGGAGCUUUUUGAUCUGUUCAACGACGAACAACACCGCAACACCGUGGCUACCAAAUGCGCUGACCGGGGAAUCACUUGGCAUUUCAACCCACCAAAGGCUCCACACUUCGGCGGAUUAUGGGAAGCCGCUGUAAAGACAGCGAAGCGACACCUCUAUCGUCACCUGGGCAAUAAGCGGCUGUCGUACGAAGGCUACUGCACUGUGCUCCACCAAAUCGAGGCAGCGAUGAAUUCCCGUCCGCUGUUGCCUUUGUCCGACGAUCCCAACGAGCUAGCUGCACUCACACCGGCACAAUUCCUUAUUGGCACAUCGAUGUUCGCCGUGCCUGAAUCGGACUACACCCAGCUGAAAUCCUGCACGCUAGAUGAUCUUCAGAAGUGGCAGCUUUUGGUUCAGCGAUUUUGGAAGCAUUAG